AUGAAGGCCAUCAUCUUCCUUGCCCUCCUGGGGGAUGCUGUUGCUUACCCCACUGGUGAUGAUAAUGACAAGAUUGUUGGAGGCUACACGUGUGCUGCUUACUCCCUCCCCUACCAGGUGUCUCUGAACUCUGGCUACCAUUUCUGUGGUGGUUCUCUCAUCAAUUCAGAGUGGGUGAUCUCAGCUGCUCAUUGCCACAAGAGCCGAAUCCAGGUGCGACUGGGAAAGCACAAUAUUGAAGUUGAAGAAGGCAAUGAGCAGUUCAUUGAUGCAGCUAAAGCAAUCCGCCAUCCUAAAUACAAUUCUCUCACGUUCAACAAUGACAUCAUGCUGAUUAAACUGAAAACACCUGCCACCAUCAACUCUCGAGUGUCUGCCAUCUCCCUGCCCGAAUCCUGUGCUGCUACUGGCACUUCAUGUCUCAUCUCUGGCUGGGGCAACACUGCAAGUUCUGGUGCCGACUACUCAGAGCUGCUUCAGUGUCUGGAGGCCCCCGUGCUUUCUGACAGCUCCUGCCACAGUGCCUACCCUGGACGGAUCACCAGCAACAUGAUCUGUGUAGGCUAUCUGGAGGGUGGAAAGGAUUCCUGCCAGGGUGACUCUGGUAGCCCUGUGGUCUGCAAUGGAGAACUCCAAGGAAUUGUCUCCUGGGGUUAUGGCUGUGCCCAGAAAGGCAAACCUGGUGUCUACACCAAGGUCUGCAACUAUGUGGAUUGGAUUGAGGAGACCAUUGCCAGCAACUAA